UAAUCUGCGUGAAGACACAUUUUACAGUCAGACAAAUGGUGAACAGAAGGGAGCACAACAUGAAUCCGUGUGACACACCCUUGGUAUAUUUUGUCAAAGAGUAGUCUAUUGUAUCAUUAUGUCAUUUUAGACUGUUAUUGAUCUAUGAAAAAGGGAAUAUAUUUAUAUUGUUUCUUCAUGUUGCCAUUGCAGGGAUCAAAACCGUGAUGGAGAUGAAUAACACCACUUCCAUCUAUACAACGGAUGUAUCUGGCAAUAAUGACUCCAUUUAUGUUGAUGAUUACGCUGAGCUGAGACAGUCGCUCAACAUCAUGUCUCUCAUUGUUUACUGCCUGGACUUUGUUCUCGGUGUGCUCGGGAAUGGAGUGGUUAUCUGGGUGACCGGGUUCAAGAUGAAGAAAACAGUCAACACAGUCUGGUUCCUCAACCUCGCUGUGGCCGACUUCCUCUUCACCGCCUUUCUGCCCCUGAGUGUGACCUACACAGCUUUGAAUUUCCACUGGCCUUUUGGCAAGUUCAUGUGCAAACUGACAGGCUCAUUAAACUCCCUCAACGUCUUUGCCAGCGUCUACAUUCUAGUGGUGAUCAGUGUGGACAGAUGUGUGUCUGUGGUGUGGCCCAUCUGGGCCCAGAACCACCGAAGUGUACGCAAGGCAUCCUGUGUGAGUCUGGGGGUCUGGCUUCUGGCUCUGAUUCUCAGCACUCCAGCCUUCGUGUUCAGGACCACUGGGUCAUCAUAUUACCAUGAAGACAUCAUCAACUGCUUUAACAACUUUGCUUUUUCUGAUGACUAUGAAACGCCAGCUGUGAAUCAGCUGCGACAGUUUCGUCAUCAGGCCAUCACCAUUACCCGCUUCCUCCUGGGGUUUGUUGUCCCCUUCACCGUUAUUGUCUCCUGUUAUGCUGUGAUAAUUCAUCGCAUCAGACAAAACCGCACCCUGGCCAGCCACUCAAGUCGCCCUUUCAAGAUCAUCGCCGCAAUUAUCACCACUUUCUUCCUGUGCUGGGCUCCUUUUCAAAUUCUGACUAUAUUAGAGUUGGUGAAUUUUCAGAUUUAUCAUAGUGAAACGUUAGACCACGUCACCACUAUUGGAGUCCCGAUAGCAACCAGCCUGGCCUUCCUCAACAGUUGCCUGAACCCACUGCUGUAUGUGUUCAUGGGCCAAGAUUUCAAGGAUAAAGUCUGCAAAUCCAUCCUGAAUGUGUUGGAGACUGCCUUCAAGGAAGAGGUUUCUGGUUCUCCCACUGGCACACAGUCCAUGGACACCAGUCAGGGCAAAGAGAUGACGAACCUUAAUACUGAAGCAUAAGGUUUCCCAUGACAUGAAGACACCAAUUCUGAAACUGUAUAUAGCAAAUAAGCUUUACACAAAUAUAAAUGUGUUUAUCAAAUAUUUUGCUUUUUUCAUGAACCUUCAAGACGAGUUGUAAAGAUUAUCCAACAUUGAUUGAAGCAGUUCAAGCUCGUGUAUACGUUGGUUAGCUGAUCGGGUAUCAAAGAGUACUGACUUUUAUUACACAUGCAGUAUUUACAAUCGAAUGGGAUGACUUUUUUCUAAUAUGAUGUAACAAGUUGUGCAUUUUGUGACCUAAACUUUUGUUGAAUAAUGUGGUUGUGAAAUGUUUUAUUCAGAGCAAAUGGCUAAAAGAGCUCUAUGAUUUUUCUAUGGUUCUGUACAAAAUGGGAUUUUCUGGACAAAAGAACCCAGAAGUUGUAUAAAAAUAGGUAUUACAUGGGUUUGGGUUAAUUUUGUGUCACACAAGCAACAGAAAAGGAGCUUUGUAUUUUUUAAAUCUGUUUUUACUUUUUAAUGCAAUAGAUUUUAAUAACCAUUUCCUUGCCUGUGUGUGACAGGAAAAAAACAUGCACACAAUACAAGUUAAAGUUGUUUUAAUCUUCACCUUUUUAGAAUCUAGAAAUUCUAUUUCAAUUUUGAUAGUUUGGCCUCUUUGGUCGCUGCACAAACUAUCCAUACAUUCAUAUUUAUUAGUAUACUGAGCACCUGAAUGCCAUCGAUGGACUUGUUUCUUUUCCUGUUCUGACAGAAAAUGAUUCAUAUGAAUUCGGACUUUUGGCUUGAUGAAUUACUUUAAGGACAGGCUAACAUAGUCUUAUCGAUAAGUAUGACUUAAAACAGAACCAAUGGAAUGGAAUUGCCACCUAUAAUAUUGUGACAUGUAAGCGACCUGUACUGAUGCAGUCGAUUAGAUGUUUAUUUAAAUCGUAAAGAACGAUGAUUAUUGUUUUUGUAAUUUGUCUUACUAUUGUAAUUUUCUAUUAAUAAAAUAUAAUUUGGGCUUCA